AUGCUCCAAAGUCAUCAAUCUCAUUCAAAGGAAUCCAAGAUUCGUGUCGUACCUGGCGCAAAGUUUUCCAUUGACGAGUUCCCUGGCAUUGUUGGCUCACCUGACCCAUUAUCCUCUGCAGUUCCUGAAUUUCUGCAGGACGUCACCAAUGAUGAGGGCCAUGAGGUCUUUCCUGCGCCACUCCUUGGAUCACCUUUGCCAGUGGUCUCUUCUCCAAGUCCAGGUUACGUCGCUGGCAGUCCUCCGGAGGAAGUCUUUGUUGCCGAGGACGCGAGCAUCUCGCAUGCAGCACGCCAAACCGCUUGGUAUCCUGAGACUGCUCGUGCAUCACCGCCUCUUAUCGAAGCGCCUUCUCCGGUGACUCAUUCAAGACCUCAGUCCACAUACUCCUCGCCGGUACCAGAAGUCAUGCAACCGGUGGUUCAGCCGUGGAGCAUAUUUGACACGGUGGAUUGUGACUCGUUGAUCGAGCCACUACUGCCAGAGGUCGCUGAUUCCGAGGUGCUUGAGGCGAUUGAUGCUGCAGAGCCCAUCGAUCUUCUAGCUGAUACAAGUGUUGAUGCUUCUUUCCAGUCUGCUGCGGUCUGGGACUCUGAUUGGGACGAAAUUUCAAUUUCUUCCGACGUCAACAACCAGGAUGCAGGCAACGUACUCUCUCCGCACGAUGAUGAGGUGACGGACGACGAUUUGAGUGUCGAGGAUGUGGUUCUGGAUGUGAGAGAAACGGUCAUGGGUCCACCUGCUUCUGCUGCUGCUCCACGCAUUACUCGCUCAAGUAAGUCAACACUUGGCGGGCAAAUUGCAUCUGACCGAGGCGGAGUUCGUGUGGAACCUCAGUCGCAUCAGCGCAUGGAGUCUAUGCUCUCGAGUAUGCCGCCUGAGCCAAUGCGUCUGUUCUUAGCAGAGGUGGUCUUCAGACACUGCGUUGACGGGGAUGACGAUGCAGUUAACCACUUCAACGACAACAUCUCAGUAGUUCUCUAUCUAUCGUGGGCUUCGUCUUUGGUGGGAUAG